CAUUCAUAAUAACUACACCUGGGGACACUAGUAAUUCACCAUUCCAAGACGCAGGAGAAGGGGAACUGGUGGAUACUAGUACCCCAACGGAAGAAACCACCGAUGACCACGUAGGUAUAAGCACUCCGAUCAACGUGCAUCCGGACGAGACGUCACCUGAAGGGAAAUAUAAUUACCUGGUGGUCAUUAACUCUAACGUUGUUGACCAUUCGAGGAGAAGAUUAUUAAGGGAGAAAAUAUUCGGAAUAAAAGAUAACCUGGUAUACUGCUUAGAACCCACUUCUAAUGUGCAGCACCGUUUCUUGGUCAGGAAUGAUUCAUCUCUAAAGAGUUUCACAAAAACUACAACUACAAAUACUAAAUCUGCUGCGAGGAGAUAUGCAUCCGAAAUAAUGGAAUUUGACGAUAUUGACGAACUUCCAAAUGUGCGAGGCGACAAGUGGAUAGAAGAAGUACUGACACGGGCUGAUCAAAAGAGAAAGGAAUAUAACUUUGACUUUUUAAUCUACACCGACAUCUUCACUGUCCUCAACAUUCCUAAAAUCCAGCAAAGUAUAGAAUCACUUGACAUUCCUGGGUACAAGUCUUCCUCAGGUCAACUGGACAAACUAUUUUGGGGUUCAUUUAAAACGUUCUCAAAUCGCUCAACAACUAUCAUUGGAUCAAGUGCAUUGAAUACGAUAUUAGCGCAAUUACCGCGCAUCAAAUCUAUGCACGAAACCGGCUCCCUGUUUACCAAAAUUUAUCAAUACUAUAAAGGCGCGAUCACAAAUAAGAAUAGAGUUGUCGCCAUCGAUGACGAUAUCAAUAUAGUAGAUUGGCGAAAUACAAUUUACAACAUACCCGAAGAUGUCUUUGCUAUCAAUAGUGUGUAUCAGAACGGCGAAGUAAAAGACAUCGUAGACUACCUCGCCAUACCACCGUCGCCUCCAUGUGAUUUACCAGCUACGCGACAGAGUGAGCACCCUACCAUAUCGAAACCAUCCGUCGUUGUACUCACUAGUAGUUUUGUAUACACUGAUCUGUGUAUGUUAGCUGCUGCCCCGAUCUCUGCAGAUAACAAAAGACUGUACGCUAAGAGACACGGCUACUCUUUUGUAGCAAGAUCAAUGGAAUUCGCUCAGCAAGGAUAUCUCGGUCGCAAGACAGUGUGGGGCAAAAUCGAUGCAGUAGAGAAAGUGCUUCCAUUGUACGAUUGGUUGUUUUGGCUCGAUAUGGACGCUGUGGUAAUUAAUUUUUCUACCAGCAUAGAGAGCUUGCUAAAAAAGUUCGAAAAGCAGUUGGGAAAGAGAGAGUUUGAAAAGAAGCAUUUGAUUGUAGCGAAACCAGUGGGCGAUUCAACGAUAAAUGCGGGUGUGUUUUUGUUGAGAAAUUCGGAUUGGAGUAAGAGAUUCCUUCGAGAAGUACAGAUGUUCAAAUCUCAAUAUCGAGGAAAAUUCUACGAGCAGGCUGCUAUGUGGAAAGUUAUGAUAAAGCCUGAAUGGCAAGAAGGGGCUUUACUUCUGGACGAGGACGACCACACUUUCAACACGUUCCCCAGCAGAUACAUGCCUGGCGACUUUGUCGUUCAUUAUGCGCCACAAGGAUGUCCCAGAAAACUCGUCAUAAGUGCUUGUGAACAAGCUAUAGAGAUGGACAGGAACCCCGACGCAUUGUACGAAACAGUCCCAGUCUAA